AUGGAUCAGAAGAAAAUUGAGGCCAUCACAUCCUGGCCCCAACCCAAGACAGUCAAGCAGGUCCAAGCAUUCUUGGGAUUCAUAAACUAUCUUUGCCAAUUCAUCCCAAACUUCAGCACAGUAGCAUGUCCCCUACACAACCUCACAAGAAAGGAAACCCCCUGGUCAUGGGGAAAUCCAGAGGAAGAAGCAUUUCAGGAGCUCAAGUCUUUAGUAACCAAGGCACCAGUACUUGUUCAUUCUAACCCAGAACUCCCCUACUACUUGGAAACCAACGCAUCAGGGGUAGCAAUGGGGGCAAUUGUCAGCCAGAGGGGACAGGAUAACCGCCUACACCCAGUAGCCUACAUGUCAAAAUCCUUUUUGGGGGCCAAAGCCAACUAUGACAUGCACAAUAAGGAAUUAUUGGCAAUCAUCAAGGCCCUGGAGGAAUGGCAAAUCUUCCUAGAAGCUAUGGAUAAGCCAGUACAGGUGUUCACAGACCAUAGGAACCUGGAGUAUUGGAUGCAGGCAAGAACCUUCAAUUGCAGACAUGCUAGAUGGCAGAUCUUCUUGAGCAAUUUCAACUUUGAAAUCCAUUACUGCCCAGGGAAACAAUCAGGAAAGCCCAAUGCCUUGUCCAGACAAUCUGACUACAUGGAAGAACCCCAGGAACCAGAAAUCAUGCUCCCUGCCAAGGUCUUUGCAAAUACAUCAGAAGAAGAGCUAGAGAUUGUUACAGAAAUCCGUUCCAAAUUGAGGGAAGACCCAUCUCUGGAAACCAUCAUCCAAUUUCUAACAGAGGAUGCAGAAAAUGCCCCCCCUUCCAUUAGAAAGGCAUAUAGGGAUUAUGACUGGGAAGAGGACCUCCUAUGGUACCAAGGGAAAUUAGUAGUCCCAGAUUCAGAAGCCUUGAAGGAACACCUUCUCAGGGAAUUCCACAACUCCCCACUAACCAGUCACCCAGGCAUGAAGUCCUCUACCAAGGAAUGGGUGGAAUGCUGCCCCAUCUGCCAAGCCAAUUGGCAAGCCUGUGUUCCAGCUAUUGCCUUGAAGCCUCUGGAAGUUCCCCCUUUCCCUUUCCACACAAUUUCCUAUGACUUUAUCAUGGCAUUCCCCAAAUCACAGGGACAUGAUGCAAUCCUGGUGGUCAUUGACUCUUUCUCCAAAUUUGGCCAUUUUAUUCCCACUUCAAAAAAGGUCACUGCUAAAGGACUGGCAGAACUAUUUGUCACCCAUGUAUGGAAGCUACAUGGACUACCAGUCAAAACCUGUCCUAGACGUCUGUAA